GCCCACAGCAAUUUACACACAAGUCAUUCACUGGCUGCUGCCAGGAGUACGCACUGUAGCACGCUGCUAUAGUGCACCGAGAGAGCUGACACCUUGAAAAAAGAGGUGGGAGAAGGAAAGGACGAGGCUUGUAAUGGAUCUGAGCCCAGGAAUUCAAAAGAUGUCUGUAAGCCAGCAGCAAUCAGGAAGAGGGGUGCCUUGUCUGCAAUGCAGUGGGAUGUGUACAGGCUUUGAGCCACAUUCUUGGAGGAAAAUAUGCAAGUCAUGCAAAUGUAGCCAGGAGGAUCACAGCUUGAGCUCUGACGCAGAAGAUGAUCGGAAAAUUGGCCGCUUGUUGUCUGACUCCAAGUAUUCUACGCUCACUGCCCGGGUGAAAGGUGGCGAUGGUGUUCGCAUCUACAAAAGGAACCGCAUGAUCAUCACUAAUCCUAUUGUGUCUCGGAAAGAUCCAACGUUUGACACUAUAACUUAUGAGUGGGCUCCACCAGGACUGACCCAGAAGCUGGCUAUACAGUACAUGGAACUGAUUCCAAAGGAUAUGCAACCAGUUGCCGGCACGGAAGGGGCAUCCUAUCGUCGUAGGCAGUUAAUGAGGCAGCUCCCCAUUUAUGACCAGGACUCUUCCCACUGCCAUGGCCUUGCUGAAAGUGAGAUAAAGCUUAUGGAAGAUUUUGUAAAGAAAUACAAAAGUGAUGCUCUGGGAGUUGGUGAAGUUGCACUUCCUGGCCAAGGUGGCAGUGCCAAGGAGGAAGGGAAGCAGCAUGACAAAAAUGCAGCUGCAAGUAAACUGCCCAUUUCAACCAACGGAGCCCUGAGUGAUGCACCAAUGGGAGUGGAGUAUUGCUGCGAGAACUGCAAACAGGUGGUGCCUACAGACUGCCCUGUGGUGUACGUGGACAGAGCGGGCUACAAUCGCCAGUGGCACCCAGGCUGUUUUGUAUGCUACAAGUGUUCUGAACCUCUGGUUGACCUGAUCUACUUCUGGAAGAACGGUGCGGUUUGGUGUGGGCGCCAUUACUGUGAGAGUAUAAGGCCACGCUGUGCAGCUUGUGAUGAGAUAAUAUUCUCAGCGGACUACCAGCAAGCUGAAGGGCUGACCUGGCACAAGAAACACUUUACCUGCCUGGUGUGCGAGACCCUGCUGACUGGCAAAUCCUUCAGCCUGGAUAAAGCCAAGCUUCUAUGUACAACUUGCAGUAAAACCAAACAUCCGUAAACACCCAAUAGCUUGAGAAUCCAAAGUCUGCUCUCAUAGAUCCAAGUUAGAAUUGGUGUAAAUUGACAAAUAUGUGGAAAGGGUUGGAGGGGGAAAAUCACUUUGUUUCGCUCAAACUAGAGUCUGGCGGUUCACUGUCAGGCAACUAGAAACCAAUUCCCCCCACCAUAAACCCUUAAAUUGAAGGAAAAUAACCCUUUGGGGAGGAAACAAAAAGGAAAUUCACGUGCUAGGGGACAAGGAGAUCUCUGGUCUCUUACUGGGAAAGAAUUGCACUAACGCACUGGCAUAAGUCGUUUCUGGGAGAUCAAAUCCACUAGGCUAAACCUUGUGAUUAGCAUGUGACUAAUCUGAACCCAAGAAAUCCAGAAACAUGCAGACUUUUGGUUCAACUGUAAGAUCUUGCUGCAUCCUUUUUAUAAUGACACAUUUCAAAAGCCCUUUUCUGGCAUACUAAACCUAUGGUCAAUAACUAGUUUUAUGGAGUACGUGUAUUCAUAGAAAACUAGCAAUUUGUACUAAAUCAAUAGAUUCAAGGAAUUAAAUUAACCUAAGAAAUUGUUGUGGGUAGGAAAAUUGUAUCCAUUGUGGAAAUAAGCAGGCUUUUCCUUGUUGGUGUAUAAUGUCCCACUUUUUCACUGUAAUUUUGGCAUAUUAAUUGCCUGCAAGAAUUUGGUUGCAGGUAGAUUAUUGCAGUCCUCCUGUGAGCCAUGUUUAUCUAGGCUGAUGGCAGAAUGGAGUGAUUAUAAGGGCAAUUGACUAAUCCCACUAUUUAAUUGGAAUUUUGAUAUGAUGAAAAAUUCCUGAAAAUUCUUAGACUUGUAGCCCCAAGGCUACAGGCUUUAACCUCAUACUCACCUCUCAUCCCCUUUUAUAGUUAGUGAAUUUCUGGGGAGAGGCGUGGUA